UUUCUGGUUGUGGGAUAAUGAUGAGUUAGAAGUAUAAGUGAUCUACUUAUUUUGUUUCAAUUGGUCAUGCCUCGGCUUUGCUGUGUCAUUUGCGAAAUAUAUAAUACUCAGGGUACAGUUUUCAGCUCGUUGCGGGACAGCUCGUACACGGAGGAGGUGGCCGAGGACUCGGAGGGCGUCGCCGGCGCAGCCGCCGCGCAAAGCGAGCUCACAGCGCUCCUAGCUGUCAAAACUCCGAGCUGGAGGAGGCCCCUGCAGAGGAGCCGCUGCCGAAGGUACCGGCCGCUGCUGAUGACCCGAGCAGGCGUCCCCGACGACGAGCAGGACGAACGGCAGGUGGCGCCGCUGGAGGAGCACCACGUCAACGAGUCCUUCAUGCGGUACGGUACGCUGCCCAAAGGCGCGCACAUCGGCGCCUUCCUGGACUCGCUGCGGGAGAGCGGUUUGCGCGGCAGUGCGGAGGGUGGCGAGGCGGCCGCGGGAGCGGCAGGCGAGGCCCGCGCCCUGCGCAGUCACACGGAAGCAGAGGGCGUGCGGCCGCCGGCCUCCGCCGCCGCCGCCAAGAAGCCCUCAGCCAUGGUGCGGUCCAACUCGUCCAACAGUGAGUUUCAGAGACCGCGGCUGUCGCGGCUCAGUCCGCUAGUGUUUGCCGGCGCGGCGGGGACGGGGCCGGCGCGGAGUCGGCGACCGACCGGCGCCGGCCGUCGUCGCGCCAGAAACUAAAACCUGCCGAGCUGGGGUUUCCCCCGCCGCCGAUGGAACUGCCGCCUCCUGACGACAUCGAGGCCGACUUUAUCGUCGACCCGACGUUCCCGCCGACGCCGCCGGGCCUGAGGGACCAGUUGUCGAGCGGCGGUCCCGUGAUACCGCCGGCCACCCGGUGCCCAGUCCGCGCACGCACGGCCGUCGCCGCAGCCUCUACCGCCGCUGCUUCACAUCUGCCAAGCGGGACUCUCAAACCGCCGCCGCACCCGACCAGCGCGCCGCCGAUCGGCUGCAGCCGCUCGGCCGGCGCCGGCAGCUCGGCGGAGGCCGUGCGCGAUCUGGCCGCGGCCGUGGAGCGCAGCCAGGGCGCGCUGGAGACAUCGUCCGCCUCCAGCGUGGCGUGCAUGCGGCUGUCGGACAAGCUGGGCCUGCUGCUGACGGCGUGCGGCGCGCACGCUGGCCAGGUGCCGUCCACCGGCUGGCUCCGGUUCCGCGCCCUGCAGCGGCGCCUGGAGACGCACGCCGGCACUCUGCUCUCGGCCGGCGGGCGCGCAACAGCAGCGACGCCCAGCGGCUCUUAUUCAAACUAGCCAACACAGUGCGCGACAUGUUCAAUGUGGUGCAGCGAUGAGAGACCGACGACUGCGCCGCCACGAGCUGCCCGCGCCGUUUGUUUUUGUGAUAUCUAAUAUCCAUUUUAUUGCGUUGACGGUGGCUCUUCUACGAUUUAGUGGAACCAGUGUGUGCGCGCCGCCUGCGGCCACCCGGGUGUGACAUUCCUUCCCGUCUCUGUCUCGUUUCUUAUAUACAGCAAUCGAAUGAGUUUUCAUGCGUACCCUGUGUUUUGCGGAUGCGCAAAACACAGGGCGUAACAGGCCGCCGCCACAGCCUGUUACGCCUUAACUCAUAUGCUACACAAACAGUCAUCGUGAUCUCAUGAUACCCACAACCUACAUACCAACUGUUCUAACGAUGUGUACGAAUGAUCGUGUGCCUGUAUUUUACCCAUGCCUACUUGUUUUUAUGCUAAUUGACAUGCGUUGAUGAAAAGCCGCGAAGGCGGAUUAACGUGAAUAAAUGAACUUGAACUUGAA